AACAGACAAGGCGUCCCUUGGGAAUUGAACCUCAAUAGCGCAUGCGCAGCAUGAGGCACAUGUUUGAAAUAUCGACACUCGAAACAAGAUGGCUGACGGAACUUAUUACCCGUCCGAAACUGCAGUCGAUUAUAGCCAAACUACAAACAAUCCAAGCUAUGAAACGAACAAGAGAGCUUUGGAAACUGACAGAGAAGAUUAUGUGAACGCUAAGAGAGCGAAUUAUAACGGUAGGUUAAUGUUUUAUGGGUUUAAAUUUGACUGUUUUAGCGCGCUUGCUCCAGACAAUUCGCGACCGGAUGUAUUGAAAUUCUCUAGGGUGCAUUCAUGAUAUGCGGCUGCCUUGGAAAGGAAUGCGAAUCAUUUUCCUCUAUACUUAUCUGUCGGUCGGGUUAGGGGUUUACUGCAUGAUCUGGUACAAAAAUCAGGCUUCUUAGCAAUAUGGCUAGGGUUUUAGAGCGUUUUUGGGCAGCUAAAUGUCGAAUUCCCUUCGCAAUAGUUCGCAUAUGACAAACAUGCAAACGCAUUGAAUUCAGCACGCAUCGGUAUUCAAUUGCAUUUCCUAAAGUCCACUUUGGCACUUUAAUAAUUCAAUAUCGCUAUAAAGGGCUGUACGGUCGAGGGAAGUGGAGUUAUGCUUCAUGGACGAGGGUUUAGAGCAGGCAGAAAGGCCUCUAUAUGUGCCGUAUACGUCUCACGCAAAAGGUUAGUUUUACAAGAAUACGUUUUAGGCAGCAUUUGCCAUAAAUUCCCAGCUUUUACCCAUACGUAUGAACGUAUUUAAAUGCCUGUCGUGUUGGCCCCUUAUAAACGGAGUCAAAUUUAUAUAUUCUGGCUAAAAACUAGGCUAAAAUUAUGUUUCUAAAACUGUAUUUUUUCUUGGUAUGCUUGCUAAAUUUCAUAUUAUGUUUGCUGGCAUCUGUUUAUGCUGGCAGCUGCUGGCAAAAGCUGGUCAGGUAGAAUUGACAUUUCAUUAUGCAUUGUUGAAACUUAAAAAUAUUGGGCAGUGUAUUAUAGAGAGGUUCGAUAAAUUUCAACUGUUUAAAAAUUAAAAUUUUGGACUGAUAUUCAGUUGUGAUCGAGUCAAAAUUUUUUCAUUUUUAUUUGUCAUGUUUUAGAGACCUCAAAUUAAUUUACCUGUUCUGUAAUUAACAACCACAAUGUCAUGUCAGAUAUGUUGAAUGAUAUUUAUAAAUUAAAGAAGUAAAUAUGGGUGCGUCCAUUACGUACUAUUGUGCAAGCAGAUGGUUGCCGGCCUGUAAUUAUCAGAGUGAGAAAAUAAUUUUCACAAAUUCUUUCCAUUAUAUAUCUUACAUUUGAUGGCAAAUAAUAGAAUUCAGAUGUGAAGUUUAAUGCACUUGCUCCUUAUGUAUGUCAGUUACAGAUGUCUGCUGUUCGCUAGCACUGAAACCUGCCAUUGUGAUCGUAUUGCUAAUUGCAGCUACUAAAAACUUGUUAACCCAUUAACUUGCAUGUGCCCCAGUGCACCCUACUUUAUUAUUUUACUCCAUCUAACACGAGAUGAUUUUACUUGUCAAGGGGAGAGUGCUGGCACUCAAAGGGUUAAACCUCAUUUGCGCUUCUGUCACAGUCUCCAUAUAUGGAAGCCUGGCUAUCUCUGUUUGUGAGAUAGUUUUCCAAAAAUGAGAUAUCAUUAUAUUCUUUUACCUCUAAUAUUUCUUUGCAUUUAUGUGGAUAGCUGGUCUGUUGUGGUUGCCAAGAUCUUACUUGAAACUGGUAAGAUCUUGCCGGCCGGGAUCAGUCCUUCAGUGUCUUCACAUGUGAAUCUUUGGGAUCAUAACAGGGUCCGAAUUAUCGCUACAAAACAGUCUCGCAUUUUUGGUUGAAAAAUUUCAUGUUAAAAUACACAUUUUAGGACCCCCUCUCCCUGAUUUUUUUGAGAAUCACAAAAAGCCAAAAACGCUAAGAUGUAAGUUAUGUAAUUUUAAUAACAGUGAAGCAAAUGGCUAAACAAACAAUGAAUUGUCGUUCUCACUGUUGACAGCCGUGAUGUCAACCUCAAAACACGAGCGCAGAACUCAAAAGUGAAAUGCUCCACACAAAUGAAAUGAAAUAGAAGAAAGUGAAGAUUCCAGUGAAAUGGAAGAAAGCUGGAUAUCAAGCAUUAACUAAAAAAGCUUCGCAACUUUUAGCAAAAUUGCUUCGCUUCGCAUUUUGCGAUUUGCGAAGCGUUAAUUCGGACCCUGCAUAAUGUUUGCAUGUGAAUACUUGCUGAACCCAGCUUGCCAAGAUGUGUGCGGUUUUCUGAAACUACUUGUUAACUGAUGUAUCUUCAGGCCUUAAAAUAUCGGUUGGUCACAGACAUUGUCUGACCCAUUCGUGAGGCUGAGGUUUAUUGUUUGUCUGACCCGAGUGUAUUGGUGUCUGACCAAACUGUAGCUUUGUAAAUCAAAAUGCACCCAAGCAAGUUAAUUUUGGCUUUGGAAGUAAGCAUGAAUGACACAUUUUAUUUAAUAUCUUAAGUUAACAAAAUUUAGUUCAGAAUUAAUACAUUCUGCUGGUAUUAAUUUGUCAUUCAGACUUAUUUCCGAAUCAAACUGAACUGAAGGUCAUCAGACAUCAUCAUACAUGUGUCCAACCAAACCUCUAAGUCAUCGGACAUUUUGUCAGACGGCCCUGUAAAAGAUAUUUUGAGGCCUGUAUCUUAAUGUCUGUAUGUUGAUUUUUUUGUUUCUAAAUGCCUGAUGAUUUCACCCGGCAAGGGAUGCUUUGGCCUUGAGCAGAUAACCAACCAAUCCUCCCAUGUUAACCCAUUUACUGGAAUCUGCCCUAAGGUGCCCUACAUCAGUAAUUCACACUUUUGACAUGCAAUUUAUUAUACCCAGCCAGAUAAUUCUCCUUGGAAAUGGGCUUAUUGGGGGAAAGUGUUGGGCUCUUCUUUCUAAAUUUUACUGAUACCAUAUAAACAUUGACUAACAUAGAUAAUGAUUAUAUUGUUAUUCUAAUGAGUUUUCAAACCAUCUAUUCUAUUAACUAUGCUGACACAAACCUGAAUUUAACUUUUUUUUGAUGCUGUGUUUCUUACUCAAUGUAUAAGUGGCCCUUCAAAGAGACACCUUCAAAGUUUUUAGACGAUACACAGCUUUCUUAUUAUUGUACUGGCACUGACAAAGCAACAUCCUUUAGAAAAACUUCACUCCCCAGAAAAGACCUUGUGUCCUCCCACUCUCCCAGAUACUUAUCUGACCAUGAAAAUUUCCAUCCUUUAGCCAAGUCUCCCAUGCUGAAGACAAUGGUACCAAAUCACAUUGCUGGCUCUAUAAUUGGCAAAAGAGGCCAAACAAUACAAAUCCUGCAAGAACAGACUGGAGCAAAACUCAAACUAUCCUCGGCGAACGAAUUUUACCCUGGUACGGCAGAACGUGUGGUGGUUAUCCUCGGCGAGCUUCACCAGAUCCUGGCUAUGCUGGAUCUCAUUACUGAGAAGAUCCGCAGUGAACUACCCGGACGGGGUGGUGGAUCAUUGACGUCAGAACGUUGUAACAUGAUGAAGCUUAUAAUCCCAAAUUCUACGGCUGGUAUGGUGAUUGGAAAAGGUGGUUGUUUUAUCCGAGGGAUAACCGAUGACACUGGGGCAAAAUUACAAAUUUCUCAGAAAGAUUUAGAGAUUUCUGGUGAGAGGGUCAUCACAAUUACAGGCGAACCAGAGCAAGUCAAGGCUGCCGCAACUGCUGUUGUUACAAAGUGUCAAGAUGACCCGGAACAUGGCCUGAACACCAACCUUAAUUACUCGAGUUAUGUCAAACAUAAGCCAGGGUUACCAACUGGUGCUAGUUCAUCAUCCAUGGCUGGUGCACUUGGAAAUUUAUCAACGCUUUUGGGCUUAGGAGCUGGAAGCCAAGACUCGUCAAGUGCAAAUCUUUUAGCCCAAGCUAGUAUGUUAGCUUCCAAUUCUCUCGGUUCUAACCCUCUGGGAACGGCGAACCCACUAAGUGCAAUGUUAGGCAUGCAGCAGUUAGGGGGGACCUCACCAGCUAAUGCAAUCACGACAACUGCCACAUAUGAAAUGUCUGUGCCUGAUCACUUGAUUGGAAUCAUCCUAGGCAAGGGUGGGAAGACUCUUAAUGAGUUCAUGCAGUUUAGUAACGCAGUCAUCACGAUUUCUCACAAAGGGGAGUUCAUCACAGGAACCUCGAACCGAAAAGUUGUUAUAACUGGGGAUCCUAAUUCUGUACAAACCGCGUAUUUUUUGAUGACGCAAAAAAUUAUACAAGAAGCGCCAAAGUUGGGUUCCACAUUCACCUAAUACAACAUACUUUUAUUACGUUUGUUAUUGUAUGUCUUGUUUUUAAAGUCCUUUUUUGCCUAGUUAUGCUUUUUUGGCCCUUUGUUUAGUCGAUUUUAUAUUGAGUGUUUUUACUCGUUGCAUGUUUUUACUAAGUCGUGGGGAUUAGAGGGGCAGUAGACAAACUCUUCCUAGACCAAGGAUUCUCUAGAUCUAUCCACUAGUUUCACUCUACCAUCUGAGAUUCACUCGUCAAUUCCAAAUCAAUCCAAGGUUGUCACCAUUUAUCAUAAAACCACCUACAUAAUAAACGUCGUGCCAUGGACAUUUGUAAACACACUUUGUCAAAACCGUCGAACCAAGAUCGUUCCAUCAUCGAAGCAUCUACAUUUAAUAACUAAUGUUUAACUCAAGAACAAUUUGUGUCAAUCACCACAAUGUUUUUCCAGUUCCAUUGAGGACCGUUACCAACCAAUAUCAACUCUUCAUCAACUAACAUUCAAGCUUCGUUCAACCAUUCGCCAAUUUCAUCUAUAUAGAUUCAAGUUCAUCGAAAAUCGUUGCCAACUAAAAACGUAUCUUUAUCAACUAACAUUUAACUCAAAGACAUUUGUGUUCAUCAUUUCAACAUAAUUCAAGAUCAUAAUUCUAAUCAUCAACUAUCAAGUCAUCCAAUCGUCGGAUCAUUUAACAAACCUCUAUUGUAUGAUCAUUAUCAAUGUUACUCUAAUCAAAAUUAACAUCUAGCUGUUGAUUGUUGCAAUAUGUCGUCCAAUUAGCGAUCAUUUUACAUGUAACGCGAGGUGUUGUCAACUAUACUCAGAAGUCAUUAAAUACCAUUAUUUGUCGUAGUCGUCACAACUUUCUAAUGUUUAUGUUAUAGUGUGACCGCACCGGGAAGCUGAAAAGUUUGCUUCACCGCGGUGGGAAUCGAGCC